AUGACCGCUGCCAAGUAUUGGAAAGCUCCUGUCGAGUGCUUGAUGCAAAGCGGGGACCUGAUCCCCUACGAAGUGCUGGACGUGGAGCUAAUACGCCCACGGCGGGGGGAGGGGAAAGGAGGGCGGGACAAGGGACAGAGGGAGGCAGGAUACCCGGAGGGAGGGAACGGUCCAUCUCGGAAGUGGCAGCUUGCGGAGGUCGAAAUCAUUAAGUCUUCGGAUUUUGGGGUCCGGGACGUGACGCACCGGGCCGUGUCGCACCUGGGUCAUCUCCUUGCGGUUGGGGACACUGUGCUGGGCUACGAUCUGGGCACUGCCACGGCGCUGGGGGAGAGGGAAGGGGGAUGGCGGGGAAUGAAACACGAGCCGCCCGACGUGGUGUUGGAAUUGGAGGAGGACUUAGAGAUGCAGGCGUUGAUUGCGCGGGAAGAGUCUGCCGCGAGGCAACGCAUGGCAAUGGAGGAAGAGGGGGAGGGAUGGGAAGAGGAGGAGAGGGGCUGGGAGGAGCUGGGAGAAGAAGGGUGGAACGACGGCACGGUGGGCGGAAGAGAGGACGGGCAAUAA